AUGACAACGUCUCAGGAACCAAAGCCUCUACACACAGGUCAGGUUGUUGAUGGAAAAUGGAGGAUAAAACAGCUACUCGGAAAAGGCGCGUGUGGUGUUGUGUAUAAAGUCGAGGACAAGACUCGAAAAGGCUAUUGUGCGGCGAUGAAGGUUGAAUACGUUUCACCCGAUUACGAUCAGACAUUGCGAUUGGAGAUUGGUGUGCUCAAUAAGCUUCGAAAUCACAAGCACAUGAUGCAACUCAUCGAUUUUGGCAAGAGGAAGACAUUCACGUAUAUGGUCACAACGCUAUGCGGAAAGGAUCUGAUGGCACUACGGUGUAAAAUCAAACGAGGCUUCAACGACAGUAGCGCGUUACGAAUAGCAGUGUUCACUCUGUUUGGACUCAAGCAGGUGCACGAAGCCGGCUACGUGCAUCGCGAUGUCAAACCGGGAAACAUCAUCACGGCGGCAAAUAAGGGACGAGAAUCUCGGACUCUGCUGUUGAUCGAUUUUGGAAUGGCGAGGUCUUUUGUGACGACAGAUGCACACGGAAAGAAGCAAUUGCGACCGAUGCGAAGGCGGAUUCCCUUGCGUGGGACCAUUCGGUAUUGCUCAUUGAAUGUGCACGAACGAUAUGAACAGGGCCGCAGUGAUGAUCUCAUCGCAAUGAUGUACAUGCUUGUCGAGGUUACGCUGGGUGUUCCUUGGCAUGCGUUAAAAGAUGAGAAAGAGAUUAUCACAAUGAAAAAAGCGACGAAAGAUUCGGAACUGUUUGAGGAGCUUCCCGAAGAAUUUCGGACGAUUUUCGAAUACUUGAAACCACUAACAUAUCCUGACAGACCUAAUUAUAUGAAAAUUUAUAAUUUGCUAAUUAAUGCUAUAAAACGACUUAAAGUCAACUUUUUGGAUCCUUAUGAGUGGGAAGACGAAGAAAUUGAGAGAGACCUUAAGCAGGAAAAGGAGAAAGAACUUGAGAAAGAAAAAGAAAAGGAAAAGAAUGAAUUUAAAGAUCAUAAGGACCAUAAAGACCACAAGGACGACAAGGAAAAAGAAAAAUCUCGAAUAACUAGUGAACUACCAGCGGAAGCCGUGAAAAAGGAUAAAAAGAUGAAUAGUCAAGAAACAGAAAAGGCGAAUAGUGCGGAAAACGCCAAGUCACCUACAACAAAGGCAUUGGACGUGACUCACUCAAAUACAACAGCAAGUGUGGACACAACAGCCCAGGUAUCAAAAACAUCCGAUUUGAAAACAAUAAAAACGGAAAGUAAAACAGCGAUUUCACCAGAAAGCGUGCGUGAUGGCGAUAAGGACUUGGAAACGGCUAUCGAUUAUCAGUCAACAGAAUAUUUAACGAAAAAAGCAUUGCCAAGGGAUGAACUACAAUACCAUGUUUAUCCGGCAAUUGGACCGAAAACGUUUGAGGAAACUAUUAUUCCUUUUUGA